CUCGGUGUCGGUCUCAUGCAGACAGAGGGACAGGAGGGAUGAACGAGGUGCACACAUGUGAGGAUCUCCUCAGCUGCCGGACUGCUGAAGAGAGAAGACGAGAAGGAGGAGGAGGAGGAGGACGAGAGGAAUACUGCAGUGACCAGCCAGAUUCUUCCUCUCCAUAUAUUUCUCUCUCUGCUUCACUGAUUUCGUCCCCCUUUCUUCUUCAUCCAAUUCUCUUCCCCUCUGCCAAUUACACCAUGAAGCUGCCUGCUGCUUGUUGCUAAGGGGGGGAGCCAACCAGGGCAGCAGAGUGGACCGGGUGUUAUUUUUGCUUUUAAGGACUUAGCGAAAAUGGCAGAGGGGUCCAAAGACCAAGGAGGAAUUGGGACGACGGAUCCAGAGGAGGACUCCCCCAAUAUGAUCGUCUACAGAAAGAUUGAAGACAUCGUUACACGAAUACAGGAUGAGAAAGCGGGAGGUGUGGCCAUCCGAACCGUCAAAAGCUUCCUCUCCAAGAUCCCAAGCGUGGUAUCAGGGGCAGACAUUGUUCAGUGGCUGAUGAAAAACCUCUCCAUCGAGGAUCAAGCUGAAGCCAUCCACCUCGGGAGUCUGGUCGCGGCCCACGGUUACAUCUUCCCCAUCUCUGACCACGUCCUGACGCUGAAGGAUGACGGAACCCUUUAUCGCUUUCAGUCUCCUUACUUCUGGCCUUCAAACUGCUGGGAACCUGAGAACACAGACUAUGCCAUUUACCUCUGCAAGCGCACCAUGCAGAAUAAAGCCAGGCUUGAGCUUGCCGACUAUGAAGCUGAAAAUCUUGCCCGACUACAAAGAGCUUUUGCGAGGAAGUGGGAAUUUAUCUUCAUGCAAGCUGAGGCACAAGUCAAAAUCGACAGGAAGAAGGACAAAGCCGAGAGGAAGAUCCUUGACAGCCAGGAGAGGGCAUUCUGGGACGUUCAUCGGCCAGUGCCAGGUUGCGUCAACACCACAGAGAUGGACAUACGCAAGUGCCGGAGAGAGAAGAACCCACACAGGGUCAAAAAGUCAGUGUACGGGGUACCAGACGAUGGUCAGAACCAGCCCAGUCCCAUCCACAUAAGCUCGCAGCCGACCAGGAAGCCCACCAAAGAGGAUGUUCAGAAGGAGAUAACCUUCUUGAAUAUGCAGCUGGACAGACACUGUAUGAAGGUCUCCAAAGUGGCCGACAGUCUCAUGAGCUAUACGGAGCAGUUCAUCGACUACGACCCCUUCAUAUCGACCGUGGAGCCCUCUAACCCCUGGAUCAGUGACGACACAACCUCCUGGGACAUGGAGGCCAGCCGUGAUCCCGGCCAGCAGCGUGUGAAGAGAUGGGGCUUCUCCCUGGAAGAGGCACUGAAGGAUCCGGCGGGCCGAGACCAGUUCCUGAAGUUCCUGGAGUCGGAGUUCAGCUCAGAGAACCUGAGGUUUUGGUUAGCGGUGCAGGAUCUGAAGCGAAGGCCACUCCAGGAUGUCUCCUCAAGGGCUCAGGAGAUCUGGCAGGAGUUUCUGGCCGAGGGAGCACCGAGCUCAAUCAACCUGGACUCUCACAGCUAUGAAAAAACCAGCCAGAACCUCAAAGACCCUGGACGAUACAGCUAUGAGGAUGCUCAGGAGCACAUAUUCAAGCUGAUGAAAAGCGACAGCUAUGCACGUUUUUUGCGAUCCAACAUCUACCAAGACCUGCUGUUGGCCAGAAAGAAGCAGCCAGCAGACACUGAACAGGGCCGCCGCACCUCCUUGGAGAAGUUCACCCGCAGUGUGGGCAAGUCUUUGACGGGAAAGCGGCUGACAGGCCUGAUGCAGUCGUCCUGACACGGCCUGUGCUGGGGAGGCACCGCCAGACCCUGCCGGUGGGGUGACUGGCACGCGGGGCCCGAGGCCGGGGCCCGGACAGCAGAGCUGGGCGGGACGGGGCUGCUGCGGAAGUUCUGUUUCGCUGCUCCCCCGAGGCCAUACUGGUAGUGGAGAGCUGCGCCCGCCGGGGUCCACGCCCCAAACAGAAACUCAAGACCGUGCUGACCCGGGGAACCUCGGCCGACACAUCACACGGCAUGCAGCAUACGGUAUAAGCACAUCCAGACCAGGGCUGCCCUUCUCUUCAUCACAAACGUGGUCAUUUCUGGUUGUUAAGCUUCUCAAAAGUGAUUUUGUUUCGUGUUAUUUUAUUUAUUUGUUGACUGGAUUUCCUGUUUUAGCCACAAAAUUCGAAAUAAUGAAUACCAAACUAUCCAAAAACGAUCUCUGGCCAGUCCUAACUCAGACAUAGAUAAACAAAGAGGCUUAUCAGAUACAAAACUAUUUUAUAUACACUGUUUCUGUUCUCACAAGGAGGUAAGCAAUAAACAUAGUCUGAAUCAUCCUUUUCUUUUUUUCAAAGAAAUUAAUCCAGCCUCUUUUUAUAUUUUUUGAAACUCCUGUAAUAUCAGUGUUUAUGACGUAUGUGAUAUGUCUGUUGAAUAGCACAGUUUGGCAGUUAUUAAGACGUAAAAAGCCCCUCACGUUGUUCUGUCUAAAGAAAUCCAUCAAAUUGAUUUCUGAAGGUGGGAUUUCUUCACGCUUCAUUACAUUCCAGAAUGUUACAUAAGGGCUUAAUGUAGCAACCACAUGGCACCGUCGCAUGUUUCAUCCUAAUGUCCAUGUCGAGAACUUCUCCAGAAGUGCUUUGUUACAAGACGUACGGCACAGACGGAUUUCCUCCAGUCGGCAAGCCGCUCGACCGCUAACACGGGUUCCAAACUUUUCAGGCCGCAGAGUGAAAUGACUCAGCUCCAGGAGUACGUGCGUGUGUGUGAAUAACUUACUGUACGAGGCCUAAAAACGUGGCUCACAAGCAUGGUUGUGUGAACCAGUGUAGUAUGAGCUUUUAGUUUAGGCACAGUGAUAGUAAACACAGUCAAAUGUGAAUUAUAAUCCACAUGCUUUUUUUUUUUUUUGGCUCCUAAUAUGGUUUAGUGUUUAGGGUUUCCAGUGCCAUGGGUCCAUCUAGUGGUGUGUAAACCACAGGACCAACAACAGAGUGUUACAGGACUGCACUCUGAGUUGUCGCCGUAUUAAAUGACAUCAUGAUGUGGCUGACCUCCAGUCAUGGAGACAUCACAAGGCCUGCCGUCCAAGUGGGAUCAUUUACGUUUUUGUUUUGUUUACUGCAUGAGUUAAUUGUUUUUUCGUUUUUUGUUUCAAACCAAUGCCUACUUUUUUCUCUUCAUGUAAUAAACUCGUGUUAAUAACUCAUGUGCGGGGUGGACGUGGGACCACGAUGGCGUGGGGAGCGUGGCUGUGGAACAGCCCUGACCCGGAGUUCACCAGCCAACGGACAUCAGACGUGAAAAGUGCUGAACUGGGAACGAUAAAUGGCUCACGAUGGGUGCUGUUACACUGAACGUGAAGGCCUCUCUGCUCCUCUCUGCUCCGCUGUGCUCUGCCAACCUCUGCUACACACAGGAAGUGCUCCAAACAAAGACAGUUUAGUCUCACAGCUCCACCCUGAGGCCAGAGACGGCUACAGCGAGAAACUGGAGUUGAAUGAAAAUCAUCUUUUUUUUUUUUUUUUCUUUGUCACUGCGAUGAACUGUACAGGUCAUAUAACUAAUUAUCAAUAAUAUCCUAAACCAGUAACCUCUUGACUAUAAGGUAGAGAAAGAAAGAUACUUAACUUGAGUCGAUGUACCAAAUGUUAUCCUCUGCACAAAUGCAAUGACACUGCGUACUGGGUGCGUUGUAAAUGUAAAAUGGUUACGUUUCAUUAUCCAAAAGCACACUUCAUUAUGAUAUGGGCACAUUACUAUGCAUGUAACAUAUUCAGGGCAUUUUGUGCUUUUACGGUGGUUUCCUGAUCAGAAGGAAACCUCCUGGCACUCUAAAACACUCCGGCUUCUGCUAUCUGUUUAUGGGUAAUAAAAAAAUGAAUACUUCUCUGGA